AGUAGUGUAUACUCUUACAAUAAAUCCUACUUAAAAUCUUUAAUAAGUAAAGAUGCAGUAUUAAAUACAUUACUUAGAAGUUAUUGUAAUAUGUUACAAGAUAAAAUAAAAAUUCUCUUUAAACGUAGACGUGAUAACAAGAUUCGUUAUUCAGCAAAUAAAAUCUAUGCAAGUAGAGCUGAGCUAAAACAUACUAACACUAAACUUUUUAUUACGUUGUAUUUAUACAAUAAACAAAAAUCAUCUAUUGAAUACUUCCUAGUAAAUUUAAGAAGAAAAUACCUUAAAUUAAGUAAUAUACCUACUUAUAACAUUAGACUUUUAAAAAAAUUAGUUAGAUUACAAAAAAUAUUAUUUAAUUCAUUAAAAUUGCUUAAUUUUAAUAAAUCUAAAUUUAAUAGCUUAAACCUAAACUUAAGAAAUUUUGGUUUAAUUAGUUUAAUUGAAAAAUUGUAUAACAAAAAGGUAGAAAUUAAUUUAGUUGAAUUAAGAUCUAUACAUUUAAACAGUGACGUUUUUUCAUCAGCAGUAGCUCUAAAAUUAAGAGAUAGGAAAAAUAAAGCAGUAAGAGUUUUAAGAAAAGCUAUCUUACAAAUGGUAAGAAUACCUGAUUUACAUACACUUAUAACAUUCGAUGAUAAUAUUGAAGCAAUGAAUAAAAACAAUAUUAUAAACACUAUAAAACAACAAGUAGUAAGUGGUGUAAGAUUUGAAGCAUCAGGUAGAUUAACAAGACGUUUAACAGCUAUGAGAGCAGUAUUUAAGUAUAGAUAUGCAGGUAGCUUAAAAAACAUACGUUCCUCAUUUAAUAAUAAAUCAUCUACUAUGCUAAGAGGUUACGCUAAAUCUAAUGUACAGUAUACCCUUAUUAAUUCUAAGACAAGAAAUGGUACUUUUGGGUUAAAGGGUUGA